GUUACCCCGACCACAUGGUGUUCUCUGAGUUUCGCCGACGCUUUGAUGUGCUGGCACCGCACCUCACCAAGAAGCUCGGGAGGAAUUACAUCGUUAAGGACGAGAGGAGAGCGGUGGAGGAGCUACUGGAGUCCUUGGAUUUGGAGAAGAGCAGCUACCACAUGGGUCUCAGUAGGCUGUUCUUCAGAGCCGGCACCUUGGCUAAACUGGAGGAACAGAGAGACGAGCAGACCAAGCGUAAUCUGACACUGUUCCAAGCUUCCUGCAGGGGAUACCUGGCACGACAAGCAUUCAAGAAGAGGAAG